GAUAGUGCAGCCAGCUGGGCAGACCGGCCGGGCGUUGGGCGAAGCUGAAAGGCAAGACAAAAGUCUUGCUAAAAAGACGGCCGCCUGAGUUGGUGGGCUGAAGGUGCCCUUGCUCCUGCUCUUUCACGUUUCCCAGGAAGGGUGCCAGGUUGAUCUGUGCGCCGCCAGUUCCAGUGGGCUGUUGUGCAGUGGGUGCCUGCCGGAAGCGGGCAGCGCUAACACAAACAAGUCCAGGUAGGCGGGACCGAUGGCCGCCCGGAACGAGCCCGAGCGCCCGCCGCUCACACCGCGCCUCGUUUCCCGGGUCUCGCAGCUGUCAAAGCGAUCCUUUCUCUCACACUCAUCAUCCUUCGAGGCCGACGACGAGCGGUCGAGCACCGGGUCGCUGGAAGACUUUGGCAUCAUGAGCCGCAGCCGCAGCAGGAGUGACAGCGGCGGCGGCGGCGGCAGCAGCAGCAGCAGCAGUAGCAGCACUGGCGCGCCGCCGCCGCCGCCGCGCUACCCCGGAGACGACACGCGCCCCACCAGCUCGAAGGAACUCGCCGGCUGGUAUGCCUACGCUUUCGCCGCCGAGGUCUAUGUAAUCUGCGGUCAGUGGUUUUCCCGGGUGAAUGAAUGAUGAAGGCGACGUUUGACGGCGGUCGCUGCAUGAUAUCAUGAGCUAACGGGAUGGUUUGUAGGAAUCAGUACGUGCUUACUCCGGGCACCUGUUGCUCUCAAAUCAGAACUCCACACCCUGCGAGCACCGGGGCGCCCCGUUUUAAUUGCACACCAUCAACCCGA